CGAUAGACGUUCAGGAGACACAACAACAGAAGCCCAUUCACGUGCUGCGGACACGAGCCAUGCUCACCAACACACAGGACCAUCUCCUCCCCUUCCCCAUCCCCGCGGCAAAAAAGGCGAGAAAUGUCACGUCAAACGAAGAGCGACAUUCAUGCAAUGUCUGUCUGCUGUCUGACCAUCUCUGCCUGUCUGUCGGCAGUGGUUGGUUGGGCGCGGACACUCACACACGUGGAACACUCACACAUGUCGAGCACACAUGUCUAUAAAAAUACGAGCCUUGUAAGGAAGGGUCAGAGUCAAGUCAGUUGUUGUGGAAGACCGUGUCAUAGAGGACGCCCUCGCCAGUCGUCACCGCCUUGCCCGACACCUGACAUGUCCACACACACGCGCACACACUCUUCAGUCCGUGCGUACAUUCAAAAGGACGGACGCACCGACCUUCAUGGCGACUUUCAUCGCCGAGCCCGAGAGGCCCGAUGGCCGCUUGGUGGGAAUGUCCGAGGCCACCACCGGCUCCAGGGAUGCCUCCACCUGACGACAAAGAGCCAACCAAGGGAGCGAGGGGUGGUGUGGUGUGUGGCUGUCUGUUUGUCGAUCGGACCUCUAGCAGGCUGAAUCUGGUCUUGCCCGCCACCUUGGACUCCCUGCGGUCCUCAGUGCCUGAUGGACGGAUGGAUGGAUGGGAGAUGGAGGGUGAAGGAGAGCAGAAGCAAGUAUUCGCACGUACCUCUUUCGAUUGAGUACUUGACGGUCUCCUGUCCGCCUGGCUCCCGGCCCGCGGCCUUCUUGUCGUUCUCCACCAUCUGCAGUAGAUACGCCGACAACGCCGGGAUACUCGAACCAACUGCAUCCACCAAUCAUACCACCAAACACACAUCCACACCUCUCCCCCGCCCAAGUCCGCCAACCCACCCACUCACCAGGAGGGUCUUCGUGAAUGCCCACGUCCAGGCCCAGCAGCCGCCCGUGGAAGGUGCUGCCCUCGAACUCGGUGUCGGUCGUUAUCAGCAGAAUCUGACACAAGGGAGAGACCAACCACGCUGCACUCACCUCCUCCCUCCCUCCCUCCCUCCCUCCCUCCCUCCGUCACUGACCUCGUCAGCAUUGCAGUCGCGGUCCUCCCACAGCUUUCUGUUCAGCUCGGCCUUGCGCACGGCGGCGUAGCUCUUGACGGGCACAAUCAGGUAGGGCAGCCCGAUCUCCUUGGGGUACACCGCUCGGGCGUACAGCUUGACAUCCAUCCGCUCACCCUUGACGCUCAGCCCGACCGUCGGCGGCUUCGUGUCGGUCUCGACGUCAUCAAGGGCCAACCCCAGCGUGGCAGCCAUUGUGGUGGGGAAGGGCACCCCCGUGUCGACUCGGCACUCGGUGGCGUAGCCCCACCUACACCACCCUGGUGCCCCGUUGAGCAGCUCGCUGCUCACGGAUAUCGGCCCCACUGGCUGGGUGAUGGUGAAGUCGACGCGUCCUGUCUUGUUGGGAGGCAGCUUGGACGCCAUGUGGGCGAGGUCGGCGCCGGGCCCGACCAGCGUGUGGAUGGCAGCGAUGGUGGGGUGGCCUGGGGGAGGGGAGGGGCACACAGGUGAGAUCAGAUCAGAUGAGAUGAGAUGCGAUCAGGUGGGAUGGAGCGGCCAUUCGUCUGUUCAUCCAGGUUCACCUCCGAACGUGAGCUCCUUCAAGGGCGUCCAGAUCCUCACUCUCGUAUUGGCGCCGUCGGUCCCUGGCAAGCAGAACACGGUCUCGGUGCCGAACUCCCGAGCAAUCGCCUGCAACCAAGGACGGACCCACGUGUGAUGUGUGUGAGCCACCACCACUAUCUCUAUCUCUAUCUCUCUCCCUCUUCCCCUGCGCACCUGCAUUUUGUCGUCAGAGAUGCCCUCUGCGUCCGGGAGCACGACAAUCUGUGCGCCCGAGAGGGGCUUGGACGUGAACACAUCCUGCAGAGAGAGAGGGCCAUGGGAACCCAGAGCACAUCAUAUGAUGCACAUUGUGGUGCUACAACGGUGGACAAGGAUCACCCAGAGGGGCUGCUGCCGUCCAUCCAUCCAUUCAUCCGUACCACGAAGAAGUACUUGCGGUUGGAGGCCAUGAUGCUGUCGGUUUCGGGCAUUGAUGGCCACCUGGCGAUGCGAAAGUCGACGACGGCGAUGGAUGGAGGGAUCAGUGGCCGAAGAUCUGUGCUUGGAACAUUGGCAGGGCCUUUCUGUCUGCAGAUCUGUGUCAAAGAAGCCUCAAAGUGGCAGGGGAGCGAUCGUCGAGACGGCGCAGUCCUUCUCGUGCUG